AGGGCCAAACCCAAGCCCAUCAUGCCCGCGAACAGUCCCCUCCCAAACGCCGCAAGCUCACGACAGAAACCGAAGGCCGUCUUAACGCGCACAUCAUCGCCACCCACAAGCUAAAAGAGAAGCGCACGCUCGUCUCUCUCCCCGAAGCCAACGACGUAGCCAAGCGUCUGGGCGAAAUGAAGGUGGGAUCCAAGUACAAUUACCAACUUGCUCCUCCCGAAGAGGAAGGUCAAGAAGAAGAAGAGGUGAAACGGUUCGCAGACGACGAGACCCCUUUCGCCUCCAAGCCCGACCGUCGCACAUGGGGGGACGGUGUCCGUUAUGGCAGGUGGAGAAAGCAAAGUGGAGAGAAGCAGACGCCGAGGAAGAGUUAUCGUGUACUUGCCAAUGUGGCUUGGAAGGAUCUGAAGAAGAGUGGGGAGAAGGCUGAUGACGGGCUGGAUUGGGGACGGUGUAGGUUUUGCGGGGAUUAUCAUACGAAGUCUGGAGAGCCGCAUCCGUACAUCCACUGAAGCGAGAAUGACAUGAGAAAGGUCGGGAUUGGGAUGUUGAAUAGUUCGUCGCUUUUACAUGUCUGCGGCCGGGCAAGAUGGAGUUGCAUGUUUGAAGUUGAAUGGGGGGAAAUUUCGAUGUUUUUCUGUCUGAUUUUCCUUUUGGUAGUUUACUGUAACCUGCUGGAGCAAUUUGCGAAUUGAUAGUUAUAGAUUUAAGUCAGUUCGCGAUGUUUUAUCG